AGUUUUCGUGCGCCCAGCGCUCGGGUUUGUUACGUCGUUAAGUCUCGCGAGUGAAGUGAAGUUGAAGUGAAAAAGUGGAAGUAGAAAAAAUUGUGAAAAAUAGUAAAAAGUGUGGAAAAAGGACAUGCUCCACACUGAAAGGCAAAAGGAUAUUGUGUGGAUCACUAGAUCCUUAAAGGAUAAUAAUUAACUCAUUUGUUGAAAAUUUGUUUUGUGUACGAUCUCAUUGUUUUUUGUGCGUUUAUAUAUACAUAAGUAAUCAUAUGUGACUUCCGCUGUGUGGUGAAUUUUGAGCUAACUGUACUUUGAAAGCAGAAAAGUAGUAAAUUAAGCUAUUAAAGUGUUUUAAAACUAAAGGAUUAUGAACUGGAAAUGGAUUUCGGUUUUGCUGUUGCUGUUGCUGCAGCAAUGCAGCCAACGAAUUGUCGCAGAGGCUGAUGUACAAAGUCCUAUCAGUGCCGAGAAUGAGAAUCUAGCUGUUGAUAACGAUCGUGAAGAACGCGACUUGUUUGGAUUUUUUAAGAAAGCACCCGCGGCUGAGCCGCUGCCGUCUUCUAGCCUGAACUUAGGUGUUGGCACUGUGUUUGGCGGUGGUGGUGCUUAUGGCGUCAAAACAAGUUACUCUGGUUAUGGUCACAAUCAUGGUAGAGGUGGCGGUGGUUAUGGUGGUGGAGGUUAUAGUGGCUAUGGCGCUGGAUAUAGUGCUUAUGGCAGUAGUGGACAGCCCUAUAAAGGUGGUUACGGAUCCGGCAGCCUUGGCGCACAGUCCAGCUAUGAUUUCUUAACGCACGAAAACCCUCAAAUUCCCUCUUAUGGCGAUUGCCCAGCAUACCAGUUGCCAUCGAAAAUGUCACUGAAAUGUCGCGGCAAUCAAUGUGAGGUCAGCUGUAUGGCUGAAUAUAGAUACCCUGAUGGCGCGAGCACGCUGAAGUUGGCUUGCAUAAAUGGCGAUUGGAUAAUACGCGACUCAGCGUUUACCAGUGUGCCACCCUGUCAAGCUACUUGUACACCACCUUGUGACAAUAACGGUAUUUGUAUCGAAGCUGGCGUUUGCAAAUGUGCUGAGAACUUCUAUGGCCCUAGGUGUCGAAAUAAGAAGACCUUUUGCAGCGGUAAGCCACCGAUACCGAAAAAUUCGCGAGUUCAAUGUAGAAAUAACGUCUGCAAUGCUGAAUGCAUGAGCGGCUUUCAAUAUCCUGAUGGCAGUUCCAUAGCGAAUCUCGAAUGCGUGGAUGGCGUUUGGUUUCAUAAGCAGACAAACUCGGUAAAGCCACCGGAUUGUGCGCCGAUUUGUGAGCCCGCCUGUCAGAAUGGUGGCAAAUGCAUUUCAUUUAAUAUGUGUCAGUGUACACAGCAAUAUCGCGGCGACUACUGCCAAUACAGCGUGCAAGCUUGUAAUGUAACCAAUACUGGCUUCAACGGCAAUUACAAAUGUAAAUACGAUGGUUUGGAGGCUAAGUGCAAAUUUUCCUGUGCGUCAUCACCGGGCACAACGGUACAUGGCAACCUAAAUAUUGAGUAUACAUGCAAAUAUAGUGUGGGCGAUUUCUAUCCUAAACCAUUGCCCAAGUGUAUAUAUGCACCUGGCUACACAGUCCGUAAGGGCUCUACGACUUAUUGGAAUCGAACUUCUGAUGGUGGCGCUGGUGGCGGUAGGCUAGUAUAUGGUCACGGCGAGCAAUGGGUUACUGACCGUGAGCGUAUUCAAGCCAUAAUCGAUAAACUUUCGAAUGUUCACAGCGAGUGGUGGUCCUCUGAGGAGAGACAAGUUUCAUCGACGCGCUACACACUCUACACGGAAGGCGAUGUCGAUGUGAUGAUCGAUCGUACGCCCAAGCCGGCAUUGUGUACCACUUGGGGUGGCAUUAAUAUGAAAACAUUCGAUGGUUUGGUUUUCAAAGCCCCUCUUUCGUGUUCGCAUACUUUAAUUAAUGAUAAAGUCGAUGCCACAUUCGAUAUAAUACUUAAUGCUUGCCCAUAUGGCUCCGGUUAUGGCUGUGCGCAUGCGCUGACGAUCUACUGGCAAUCCAUACCAUACACGCUAGAUAAUAUAAAUGGCACUGUACAUCUAUCCACGCCAACGAAGAAGUUUCCCAUACCAGUACAGGUAAUGGGCAUGAAAAUAAUACCGGUGGCUGAGCAUUUGCAAAUUCAAUUGGAGUCCGUUGGACUACAAAUCGACUGGGAUCGUCAUCAAUAUCUCGGCAUACAUGCCGGCCCGUUGUUGUGGUCCAAAGUUGGCGGCUUAUGUGGCACCUUAGAUGGUGACUAUAUGAACGACUUAAUGUCGAAAGGUGGCGUAGUCGUGGAGACGGUUAAGUCUUUCACCGACUCAUGGCGCGUUGAAGAUAGCUCGGAUUUGUGUGUAAUGGAGAAUAGUCGUGAAUUGGAAUUCGGUUCAGAGACUUGUGAAGCGACGAAACGUGCGAAGGCUAUUAACAUCUGUACUCGUCUUUUGUCGAAUGAUAAAUUAGAAGACUGCAUAAAAGGCAUCAACUUUGAGGCUUUGCUGCGUGCAUGCGUGGAUGAUUAUUGCAAUUGUGCGAAUCGGGAACGACCAGAGUCUUGCAACUGCGACGGCGUCUCCAUGUUGGCUAAGGAGUGCGCAUUCAAGGGUAUAAAAUUGGAGCAUGGUUGGCGUAAUUUGGAGAUUUGUCCUGUAAGCUGUAGCUAUGGACGUGUCUAUCUGCCUUGCGGUCCGGAUGUAGAGCCCACUUGUGAUAUGGCAGUGACACCAAACCCAGCAAAAUGCAAUGAAGGUUGCUUCUGUCCCGCCGGUACGGUGCAGUAUCAAGAUGCUUGCAUUGCACAGGAGUUGUGUCCAUGUACCAUGCGUGGUAAGGAGUUCAAAGCGGAAGCGGUCAUAAAGAAGAAAUGUAACACAUGCACCUGCAAAAGCGGCAAGUGGAAAUGCACGGAUGAACAAUGUGGUGCGCGUUGUGGCGCAAUAGGUGAUCCGCAUUACCAAACUUUCGAUGGUAAACGCUUCGACUUUAUGGGUCAGUGCUCAUAUUAUCUGUUGAAGACCGCUAAACUAUCGAUAGAGGCGGAGAAUGUGGCUUGUUCUGGUUCAAUUUCUGAAAAUCUCAAUUUGGUAGCUGCUGCGGACAAUCCAUCUUGUACCAAGUCGGUGACGCUACGUUUUGCGCUCAAAAAUGGCGUACAGAAUACUGUGCGCUUGAAUCAGGGCAUGGCUGUGCAUGUUAAUGAGAAGGAAAUUACGAAAUUCCCGAAAAUUCUGGGCGCUGGUGAAGUGCUCAUACGUUUGGCUAGCUCAAGUUUCAUGACUGUUGAGUUCCCUGACGGCAUACGUGUUUGGUGGGAUGGUAUCUCACGCGUCUACAUCGAUGCGCCGCCCAGUUAUCGCAAUAAGACCGCCGGUCUCUGUGGUACAUUUAACACGAAUACACAAGAUGAUUUCUUAACACCGGAGGGUGAUAUUGAAACGGCGGUGGAGCCAUUCGCCGACAAGUGGCGUACCAAAGAUACUUGCGAUUCCCCAACUGAGACAGUACCUGGUCCACAUCCAUGCAGCGCUAAUCCAGAAAAGCGUGAAAAUGCCGAAAAGCACUGCAACUGGAUUAUGGAUGAAAUAUUCCAAGACUGCCAUUGGACCGUCGAACCGGAGCAAUAUUAUGAGGAUUGCUUGUAUGAUGUGUGUGCAUGUAAAGACGAGCCGGAUAAGUGUUUCUGUCCUAUUUUGGCUGCUUACGGCAACGAAUGCGCACGUCAAGGUAUCAAAACUGGCUGGCGCAUGGCGGUGAAAGAGUGCGCUGUGAAGUGCCCAAUGGGUCAAAUAUACGAUGAGUGUGGCGAUACAUGUGCGCGCACCUGCGGUGAUUUGGCUACCAAAAAUGCAUGCAAGACCGAAUGUGUAGAAGGCUGUCGUUGUCCGCAUGGUGAAUACUUGAAUGAAAAUAACGAAUGCGUGCCGCAACACAAGUGUCCAUGCACUUACGAUGGUAUGACCUUCAAAUCUGGUUAUAAGGAAGUGCGACCUGGUGCAAAGUUUCCCGAUUUAUGCACAUGCACUAAUGGUCUUUGGGAAUGUGAGGAUGCUGGUCCCGACGAUGAGAAGAAAUAUCCACCUUCAUCCCAAAUACGUGCUGAAUGCGUGAAUCGUCCAUUCGCUGAAUUCUCAAAGUGUGCGCCCACUGAGCCGAAGACCUGUAAGAAUAUGCAUGAUUAUGUGAAGAAUAUCGAGGAUUGUGUACCCGGUUGUGUCUGCAUGUCGGGUUAUGUCAAUGAUACUUCCCGUAAAGAAUGUGUGCUGCCAGAGCUUUGUUCCUGCCAUCAUGGUGGUAAAAGUUACGCGGAUGGUGACAAGAUCAAGGAGGAUUGCAACCAAUGUGUUUGUAAGAGCGGUAACUGGACGUGCUCCACGAAUGGUUGUGGCUCAACCUGCUCCGUCUGGGGUGAUUCACAUUUCUCCACUUAUGAUAAUCACGACUUUGACUUCCAAGGUGCCUGCGAUUAUAUACUCUCCAAAGGUGUGGCGGAGAAUGGCGAUGGUUUCACGAUAACCAUACAAAAUGUAUUGUGUGGCACCAUGGGCGUUACUUGCUCAAAGUCGGUAGAAAUUUCACUAUCGGGCAGUGUACAGGAUUCUCUUACGCUGAACUCAGACGCCUCUUACAUAACCGACCCGAACAAAUCGCCGAUUAAGAAAAUUCGCGAUGCAAGCAACACCAAGGGGCAUGGCGCCUUCCACAUCUACAAGGCCGGUGUAUUUAUUGUGGUCGAAGUAAUACCGCUCAAAUUGCAAGUGAAAUGGGAUGAAGGUACACGCGUUUACGUGAAACUCGGUAACGAAUGGAAGAACAAAGUGAAAGGAUUGUGCGGCAAUUACAAUGACAAUGCUGUGGAUGACAUGCAAACGCCAUCGCAAGGUAUCGAAACCAGUCCGCUCAUCUUCGGACACGCAUGGAAGGUGCAACAAUUCUGUGCCAAGCCAACGACACCCAUAGAUGCGUGCAAAGAGCAUCCGGAACGUGAGACGUGGGCACAGCUCAAGUGUGGCGUGCUCAAAUCGGAAAUAUUUAAGGAUUGCCACGCUGAAGUGUCUGUCGAGAAGUACCUGAAACGUUGCAUAUACGAUACGUGCGCUUGCGAUCAGGGCGGUGAUUGUGAGUGUCUGUGCACAGCGGUGGCUGCCUAUGCACAUUCCUGCUCCCAACAUGGCAUCAAUAUACGUUGGCGUACGCCGCACUUCUGUCCAAUGCAAUGCGAUCCACAUUGCGCCGAAUACAAAGCGUGUACACCUGCGUGUGCUGUCGAAACUUGCGACAAUUUCCUCGACCAAGGCAUGACGGAGCGCAUGUGCAAUCAAGAGAACUGUAUUGAGGGUUGUUUCAUAAAGCCCUGUGACGAGGGUAUGAUCUAUCUAAACGACACCUACAAGGAAUGUGUACCGAAGGCUGACUGCAAGCCAGUUUGUAUGAUACGCGAUGGCAAAACUUAUUACGAAGGUGAUGUAACGUAUACCGACGAUUGCGCCACCUGUCGUUGCUCGAAAAAGAAAGAAGUUUGCAGUGGCGUUAAAUGCAAGGAACCGCUAACAACAACGGAGCGCCCAAGUAAUAGUGUGCUGGAUAGCACGACACCACAUGCCUAUGGCACCGAUACGCAACCGCAGUGUGUACGCGGUUGGACACAUUGGUUCGAUAAUGACGGCGAUGCGACGGGCAAAAUAGUACGCUUGAAUGAUGAGGAGAAGCUGCCACGUUACAAUCGCAUCGAAAGCAUUUAUGGCACAUGUCAGAAGAAAUAUAUGAAGAAGAUUGAAUGUCGUGUUGUGGAUACACACGAAUCACCUAACUAUAUGGAUGAAAAUGUGAGCUGUAGCUUGGCUGACGGACUCGUUUGUAAAGGACAAUGUCACGAUUAUGAAUUACGUGUGUUCUGUGAGUGCGACGAAGCAGCGGUCACGAUACCACCGCCAACUGAAAAACCGCAAGUCGGUUUGCCAUGCGACUCUGUGAUAGCCGAAUAUAAAGAAUAUCCGGGCGAUUGUCAUAAAUUCUUGCACUGUCAACCGACGACCAACGGCAAUGGUUGGACUUAUGUGGAGAAGACUUGCGGUGAAUACAUGAUGUUCAAUCCAACGUUGAACGUGUGCGAUCACAUAGCUACUGUACGAGAGAUCAAACCAAGCUGUGGUAAUGUUCCUACGGAGCCAGUAACAUUGAGUGAAUGCGCCGAAGAUCAAGUGAUGGUAGAAUGCGCAAAUCAAUGUGAAUUUACUUGCGAUUACUAUGGUUCGAUACUGCGCAAGCGUGGUCUCUGCCAGAAAGGAGAACACUGCAAACGUGGCUGCGUUGAUAAGAACCGACCCGAUUGCUUCUCUGUGGGCAAGUUCUGGCGCGAUGAAAAUACUUGCGUAGAAAUGGAUGAAUGUCCUUGUAUGGACAAGUCGGAGAAAUACGUACAGCCACAUAUGCUAGUGACCGGUGAGGAGGAAGUGUGUCAGUGUAUUGAUAAUGCUUUUACUUGCAUACCGAAUGAAGUGCCGGAAUUGCCAUAUAUUUUGGUCACAACUCCCGCCGAGGACGAGCAUGAACCAGACUUUCUGCCAUCCACAAUCGUACCACAUCUGAAUUGCGAACCAGAACGCUUAAUACCGCUGAUACAAGGCGAUCUACCAUUGCCGGACAGCGCCUUCAAUGCGAGCUCUACACUUAAUGCCUACAAUGCGCCCUUCAUGGCACGCCUUCCCGCCAACCCCAAAAAUAGUGUAGGCAGUUGGUCGCCCGGUAUCGAUGAUCAGAUGCAAUAUCUACAAAUAAGCUUUCCGGAACCGGAACCCAUCUUUGGAGUUGUUAUGGCUGGCAGUCCAGAUUUUGAUAAAUACGUUACACUCUUUAAGAUACUCUACAGUCCCGAUGGUGAAUCUUAUCAUUAUUUAGUCGAGGAGAAUGACAUACCACAAAAGUUUAACGGUCCACUCGAUUCACGUAAGCCACAUAAAACACUCUUCCACACACCUGUCGAGGCGAAAUCCGUACGUAUAUAUCCCAUGAAAUGGUAUCGUCAUAUUGCUAUGCGUGUGGAACUCUUGGGUUGUGGUGAACCGCUCACAACAACAACUUCGACUACUACGCCUGAGCCGAAGUUUGAGAAACUCAUACAAACGACGACAACGAGACCGAUUAAUUGGCAAAACGCCGGAAAGUGUGUGGACCGUAUGGGUGUGGAUAAUGGUAAAAUGCAUUCCACACAAGUGAAGGCUAGUAGCAUUUGGUUAUUACCACAACCGGCUAAGAAGCCACGUCUCAUAGAUCUACUGAAACUUUCCUCACCGGUUGGCUGGCGCCCCGUGGCCAAUACGCCGAAUGAAUAUGUGCAAUUCGACUUUUUGGCACCACGCAACAUUUCUGGUUUUAUCACUAAAGGUGGCCCAUCUGGCUGGGUUACUAGCUUUAAGGUUAUGUUCUCGAAGAAUAAAUUGAUUUGGAAUAAGGUGCUAUUCUUUGAUGGCCAACCCGAACAAUUCCGUGGAAACUAUGACGAAAAUAGUGAGGUAUUAAAUACGUUCCGUUCACCCAUAUUGACGCAAUACUUCAAGAUAGUGCCUUCGAAGUGGGAAGAGAAUAUAAAUAUGCGCAUAGAACCAGUGGGUUGCUUCGAAACUUAUUUGGAAGUUAAGGAAGAGGAGCCCGAGCUCGAUCGGCCGCCACCAAAAUGUCAAGUUUGUGACGGCAUUCUAGAUACGACAGCGAAUAGUGGAGAGUGUAAAUGCACAAACGGUCUAUUCUGGGACGGUCAAAACUGUGUUCAGAGUAAUUUGUGCCCGUGCAUUGAUGAAUAUAGCACUUAUCCCAUCGGCUCUAAGUUUGAGAAUAAGCAGUGUGAAGAAUGUGUUUGCGUCUUGGGUGGUCAUUCCAAUUGCAAGCCCAAAAAGUGUCCACCAUGCGUGGAAACCAAUCUGCGUUCUUUAGUUACACCGGAUUGCUUCUGCAAAUGUGAGCCCUGUCCGAAAUACCAACGCAUUUGUCCGUCAAGCGGCGACUGCAUUCCGGAAUUAUUGUGGUGUAAUGGUGUGCAAGAUUGUGCUGAUGAUGAAGAUGAGUCAUGCAAGAAGACAAUAGUGGUGACGCCUCAACCAAUUAUAAGUACGAAUGAAACCAUUAUCAUCAAAUGCCCCGAACCAGAAUGUCCACCUGAUAUGAGAAUUAAGCUUACGGAGAAGAAACAACGCAAAAUGUCACAGAUGUUCGCUAGAGCUUACACCGAUAUGGAAGAGUUCGGUAAUAUGAUCAAAAUUACCAAGACCAAAGUGUUGGUAAGCGAAAGUGAAGAAUUCCUUAUGCUGCCGUCGGGAGAAGUGAGCGGUGUAGAGGAAGAAGAGUGCGCUGAAUUCACUUGUGUACCGAUACCUAAAAAAGAGGUACUGAAGAAUGCGACUGUCACUUGUGUGGAACCCAAAUGUCCAGAAAACUAUGAAAUUGAAUUGGAUAUGUCUAAUGCGAAACCGGGACAAUGCCGCAAAUAUGCGUGCGUACUCAAGCCGACAAAAGAUGACUCAUGCGAGAUUAGUGGUAAAUUUUUCACCACAUUCGACGGCACUGAGUUCAAGUACGACACUUGCAGUCAUAUAUUGGCGCGUGAUAUCAAGAACUCGAACUGGGUGAUAACUGUACAUAUACUCUGCGAAGAUGAGGCGCGUCGCGUUUGUCAUAAAUCUAUCACCAUCAAGGACAUCGAGUCGGCGGCCAUAUUGACGAUCAUGCCGAAUAUGAAAUUAAAUUUCAAUGGUUUCGAAUACACCGUACCGCAACUGAUGAACUCACCCAUCUGCAAGGCGGCCUUCGUUAUCUCGCAGCCGGGCCAAACGGUAUUGGUGGUAUCGCGCAAACAUGGCUAUUGGGUGCUUUAUGAUGAUAUUGGUUACGUUAAGAUCGGCAUAUCCUCUAAGUAUUUACGCACCGUGGACGGCCUCUGCGGCUACUAUGAUGGCAUUGCGGGCAAUGAUAAACGCACGCCGGAUGGCACUUUGAUACAGAACACAGGCAAGUUCGGUGACAGCUGGUUCGACAAGAAGAUACCGAAGGAGAUGUGCUACCCACAAACGUGUCCAUUCGAGUUGCAAAAGAAGGCGUUGGCAUUGUGCAAUGCGAUUAAGCAUCCGGUGUUCGUUAAGUGCAACAAGGCGGUCAACUACAAACAGUUCGUCAGCAAAUGCAUGGAGAGCACUUGUGAGUGCCUACGGGCACAUCCGGGCGAGGACAACACUUGCAAAUGUAAUGCAUUACAGGACUUUGUUGCCAAGUGUUUGACAAUCAAUCCCAAUAUACAAUUGAAUUUGUGGCGUGCGGUGCAGCAAUGUGAACUUGAGUGUCCUGCUCCACUUAUUCACUCCGACUGCUAUAAGCGGCGCUGUGAGCCAUCGUGCGACACGCUAAACACCGACGAUUGUCCGAUUAUACCAGAUGCCUGUUUCCCCGGCUGUUACUGUCCCGAAGGCACUGUGCGUCAGGGCAAAAAGUGCAUAACGGUUGCGGAAUGCAAAGAUUGUGAGUGCAAUUCCUUCGGAAAAUCGCAGUUCUUCACUUAUGAUAAGCGCGAUUUCCAUUUCAACGGCAACUGUACAUAUUUGCUCUCGCGCGAUAUAGUCUUACCGGGACAAUACAGCUUCCAACUUUACGUAACAAUGGACUACUGCAAGCGUUUGGGUUAUGCUUCGAAUUCAACUGAAGAAUCAUGCAUUAAAUCUUUCCAUGUCUUCAAUGGUGAUCAUCUCAUACACAUUGAACGUCCGCGGGUUGGUAAGGUGCCACGGAUACUGGUUGAUGGCGCUGAGAAAAAUGUGCCGUUCAAAAAUUCUUGGGUCAAUAUACGCGAAGUUAACGGAAAAGAGCUUCUGCUGUCACUUUUGGAAAGCCACGUGGACUUACGUGUCUCAUAUGACGAUAUGGUCUAUACGCUUUCGGUGCCCAGCAUCAAGUAUAGCGGCAAGAUGGAGGGUCUAUGCGGCGAUUGCGAUAAUAAUCCUAAAAACGAUCUACUAGAGAACCCCGCCAAAAAGAAGGCACCCACACCCAACAAAGAACUAGCAGUCGUGCUGCAAAGCUGGAAGGCUGAGGAACCGAAGUUGGGUAAUGAACUGCAAAUUUGCUCUAGUGAAAUUAUAACAGAGAAUGAAUGUGAGCCACCACCGCCGGAGAAAGAUGUCUGCCUGAUGUUGUAUAAUCAGGAGCUCUUCGGACAGUGCAACAUGAUCAUUGAUCCUGGAAAUUAUGUGGCAUUGUGCCAAAAAGAAAUGUGUAAGCCCGGCAGUCAUCAGCAAAGUACUUGUAACUUGAUGGCCGCUUACGCGCACCAGUGUGCACAACAGGGUAUAUGCUUGUAUUGGCGUCGUCCGGAAUUGUGUCCUCUCGAUUGCCCUAGCGAUAUGGUAUAUGAAUCAUGUGGUUGCGCUAAGACCUGUGAUACAAUCAAGGCGUUGCAUGAAUAUGAUGCCGUCAAUAUGAAGACCGAUACGUUUGUCAAGACAGUGGAAUCAAAUGAUAUGUGCCUGGCAGAGGAACGAUUUGAAGGCUGUUUCUGUCCACCCGGUAAGGUUAUGGAAUAUGGCGAAUGUGUUGCGGAAGAGUCGUGUGUAAAAUGCGAUGAUUUGGUGCACGUACCAGGCGAUAAGUGGAAGAAGGACAAAUGCACCGAUUGUAAUUGUAAUAUGGAAGGAAAGGUCGAGUGUGUGGAACAGAAGUGCCUAAUAGAAGAGAAUAUUUGUGCGGAAGGCUUUAUACCGAAGAAGAUCGAAUCCGCUGACAUGUGUUGCCCACUUUACAGAUGUGUGCCGGAACAAAAGUCACCGCCACCAAUUGCAUGUCUCGAACCUUUAAUGCCUGUAUGUGGUCCCGGACAGUUUAAGAAGCAGAAAACCGGACCAGAUGGUUGUCCGCAGUUCAUUUGCGAGUGCAAGCCGAAGGAGGAGUGCGAACCCUUAGAAUUGCCACGCGCACUCAAACCUGGUGAAAAGGUUGUGUCGGAAGAUCUGGGCUGUUGUCCGACUCAAGAGAUUGUCUGCGACGUCAGCACCUGUCCGCCUGUGUUAAAGGAAUGCGCCGAACGCUUCUAUGAAGUUAUUAGGAAACAGGAACUAGAUGAUUGCUGUCCACACUACGUCUGUGAACCACCGAAGGAUAUGUGCAUAGUACAAAAUGGACUGGGUGAGAAGUUUAUUAAACCGCUGAACGCCAAAUGGCCACAUCCCACAGAUCCUUGUAAGCAGGAGACGUGCGCUUAUGGUCCGAAUGGCAGCACAUUAGUCGUACCAACGACUGAGACUUGUGAUACCUACUGUCCACCUGGCUUUAAAUAUGAGAAUAAGCAGCCUGAACUCAAAUGUUGUGGUGAAUGUGUGCAAGAGAAAUGUGUGUUGGGUAACGAACUGUACGAAGAGGGCGCUACCUGGACGAGCGCGGACAAUUGCACAACUUACACUUGUUUGCGUAAAGGAGAGGUCCUGAUAGUUUCAUCUUCACAAGAGACUUGCCCAGAUGUGACCUCUUGUCCAAAUCACUUGUUGGUACCCUCCGAAAGUGGCUGCUGCGAGGUGUGCAAGCCGGAGCUGAUUGUGGAGAACCAAAAGAAUUGUUUGCCGGUUUCGUUGGCUGAACCAAUGACUCUGGAGAUUAUCGAAAUUGUUCAGCCUGGUAUGGGUAAAUGCAUAAAUAAGGAAGCUAUACAAGGAUUCACAGAUUGCGACGGUGCCUGCCCUUCCGGUUCAAAAUAUAGCAAAGAAUCAGGCACCCAUGAGAAGCAUUGCCGUUGUUGUAGCAUAACAGGCUGGAAAUCAGUUGCGGUGCCGCUGAUUUGUGAGAAUGGAAGCAAGAUCGUGAAGAAGGUGGACGUACCAUCUAGCUGUGGUUGCAGCCCUUGCGCAGAGACUACUGAUUAUCAGAUGGGUGAUAAAAUUGAUAUACGCAUGCAACCGCUACCUCGUUUGCGGUCUGGCAAUUUCAACUAAACGCUGAAAAAAUUGACUUUGCUUUCGGAAAUACCUUCUAUGUUUAAUUUUAAGAUUUGUUACUAAAAAGCGAAAAUAAAACUUACUUUCAGAAAAUAUUAAAAAUUAA